AUGCCAUAUAAUCUCCGUGGACGAAAUGUUCUCAUUGUCGGUGGCGCCAGGGGACUUGGAGCAGUGGUGGCUGAGAAAUUCGCCGCCGAAGGCUGCAACCUAGCGAUCAACUAUCUCUUCAGUCAAGAGCAAGCUGAUGGGCUCGCUGCAGACCUGGCGAAGAAGCACAGCAUUAAAGCAGUCACUAUCCAGGCAGAUGCCGGUGUGGCGCAAGAUUGUGUGCGACUGGUUCAGUCUACGAUCGAGAAAUUGAACGGGUUGGACAUCAUCAUCUCGAAUGCAGGCUGGACAAAGUUUACCAAGUUCAGUGAUCUGGAUGCGUUGAAUGACGAGGAGUGGGACAAAUGUUGGACAACCAACGUCAAAAGCAACCUCACCUUGUUCAAGGCAGCCGCUCCAACCUUCAACGCAAAUCCCGAGGGUGGCGUUUUCAUUGCUACGUCUUCCAUUGCUGGCAUAAUGCCUGGUGGUAGCAGUAUGGCUUACUCUGUGACUAAAUCUGCUGGGUUACACCUCUUGCAAUGCUUGAAGGCAUCCCAGGGUCCGAAGGUCCGCAUAAACGCUGUCCUCCCAGGCUUGCUAUUGACCGAAUGGGGCAUGCAAUAUAGUUCAGAGUUUAUUGAUGCUUGGAAAGAUAAGUCAGCCCUCAAGCAUGAGGUCUUCCUCGACGACUGUGCCGACAUGUACAUAUCUCUUUCCAAAAAUACCUCAAUGACGGGUCAGCAAAUCGUUAUUGACUGCGGAUACGUAUCUUAA